AUGAUUGUUGAUCGAUUCACCACGAUGGACGAGUUGGACAAAAUCACCACGCCGGCAUCUGGUCUCCCGCUGGGCUUCCAUGGCACUGUCGUCCACUCGCACAGCCUCGACGAGCUCGAGAUUCUGCAGGACUGUUUCGUGCUCGUCGAUAAAGCGGGCACCAUCCAGGCCCUCCAGGCCGACACACAUCCACACCGCAUCAAUGCCAUCGUGGCGGAGCAUGGCUAUGCCCCCGAUGUCUUCCCCGUGAAGUAUCUUCGCCGCGGCGAGUUUCUUUGUCCAGGCUUCAUCGACACCCACAAUCAUGCACCUCAAUGGGCCCAGCGCGGAGUUGGCCGCGGCCUGACGCUCCUCGACUGGCUGGACCAGGUUACUUUCACGCAUGAGGCCAAGUUCGCCGAUCCGGAGUAUGCCCGUCGCAUGUACACCUCCUGCGUCACUGGAUUCCUCCAGCAGGGCAUCACCAUGGCUUCCUAUUAUGGCUCCUUUCACGGCGAAGGUUCGCGCAUCCUCGCCGAUGUCUGCUUGGACAAAGGACAACGGGCGUUUAUCGGCAAGUGCAACAUGAACCGGAACGCGCCAGACUGGUACCGCGACCAGUCGGCGUCCGAAUCUCUGCUAGAAACGCGUGCCCUGAUCAAGCACGUUCAACAGCUCGACCCCAACAAUCUCUUGAUCAAACCGAUCAUCACGCCCCGCUUCGCGAUCUGCUGUGACCCGCCACUGCUCGAGGGUCUCGGGGAAAUCGUCCGCGAACACCCCGAUCUGCCUAUCCAGACACACUUCAAUGAAGCCAAGGAUGAAAUAAAGUAUACCCAUCAACUAUUCCCAGAAUUUGGGACGGAGACCGACCUUUACCAGAGAUUUGGCUUGCUCAACGAGCGGUCCAUUCUGGCACACUGCAUCUUCUUGCAGGAGGAAGAGAUCCAUCGCCUACAAGAGCUUCGCUGUGGCAUUUCUCACUGCCCUGUCUCCAACACUACCAUGCAAGACUUCAUGGUCGCCCCGAUCCGCGAGUACCUGCGCCGUGGAAUCAAGGUUGGACUCGGCACGGACAGUGGCGGCGGGCAUUCAUCGUCGAUGCUGGAGGUCAUGAAGCAGGCCUUUGUGGUCUCGAAUGCGCAGCAGAUGCUGACCCAGGGUCAGGAUCCGGCUCUGUCGCUGCAUGAAGGCUUCUUCCUAGCCACUUUAGGGGGAGCUCAGGUCUGUGGUCUCGAUGACCGGAUCGGCAAUUUUGUGGUUGGUAAGGAGUUUGAUGCGCUGGAGAUCCAUACGAUGGACCUAGAAAAUCUGGCAGUGAUGACUCCCGUCGAAGAGGAGGACUCCAUCUCCGUGAUCUUUGAGAAGUUUCUCAUGACCGGCGACGACCGCAACAUCGCCAAGGUGUAUGUGAGAGGACGGUCGGUGAAAGUAUGA